AUGCCUCCAAGAACCAUUUGGAAAGGGCAUACGUUUUUUUUUUUUUGCGUCAAUUACCCACUUUUAUUUAUUUAUUUAUUGACGACGGUGAUUCCGUUGUUUUUUCUUCUUUUUUUUUUUUCCGUAUCAUUGGCUUUCCUCACGAGAGAGAGGGGAUGGAUGCGAGUUAAUCGUGUCUUGGCUGACUUUAAAUUCUUUUUUUUAUUUUUAUUUCUUCCUUUUGAUCCAUUGACCUUCAGGCCGUUUCUCGUUGACACAUCGCGCGAGAAGAAAAUAUUUUUGUGUUUUUUUGUCUUUUCUGAAGGGGAUGGGACGAGUGGAGGCUGCGUGUGUUGUGGUUUGUGUGUUAUUGUUUCUUGCGGUGCCGUGGAAGUUUUUAUGGCUUUAUUCCGGUCUUUUUGUAGCCUCAUGGUCAUCUCCGUUCCUGCUCACUCACACACACAUGUUCUCUUUCUCCCUCUCUUUCUUUCUUUCUUUUUUAAUGGAAAGGGUUUGAAGGGGACGAUGUAUCGGCGGGCGAAGGAAAAGCGUUCGCCUUUAGUGAUGCGUGCAGGUGCUGGGCUGCCACCACCAUCGCCAGUUGUGCCUUCUUCAGUGGCUUUGGAUCGUGAUGCCAAAGCACUACAAGCGAUGUUGCAGGAGAUGGAUGAAGUUUUUUGCGUUAAUGACGGCGAUAAUGAGCGGCAACGGCGAUUGAAUCAGAUAGGGGAGCAGCAGAUGGCUUUACAGCGUCUCUGCGAGGCAGCACUCCAACAAGAGGAACGUCUCAAUAGUGCCGCAGUGCGCCAUAAGGCGGCCAUUGAGUUUGCGGAAGACAGGCCCGUUGAUGCGGGCAUUGUCUUAACCCCACGCUCCCUGGAAAGCUUUUCGACUUAUGGCGAUCCGGGUGCAACGGGGAUGGGGCGCAGCGCAAGCCGCAACGACACUGGCUCGCAGAUUAUGUCAGCGCCACCCUUACCAUUGUGCGAACUAACCAAAGAGGCUUCUGCCACCAGAAAUACGGCAGCAUCUUUUUGUAGCUAUCGAGGCCGCAUGCCGUCAACACAUAUAGAAGCUCCCGAAGUGGCGACCGUUUCUGCCGGUAUAACUUUGAGGCGGGCUUCAUUACCUCCCUUGUCCUCGCCAGCUUUGGAUGAGGACGUUGCGUUAGAGGAAGACAGACGUCUCAUUGAGGAAUUUUUGGGUGUGAUGGAAGUAGAAUCCACUCAUCCGUAUGCGGCAGUGGGGAACGGGAGGAAAUAUUUGGUUAAAGAGGUUGCGCCAAAGCUGAAACUUCAACGUUUCAGUUGGAACCGGGGCACUACUCACACCACCCCUAUGAAUUCCAGUCCUCUCGCCCGGGACGCAUCGCACGAGGAAAAUUUUGAUGUGAGGGAGGAGGAGCAAUUGCUAAAACGUAUCAUGCAGAAGAAGCCAAGGCCCCCAGAAGACCCGUUACAGGGCGCCCAUGCGGGUUCUGUCUCUCGUUCUAGCGAUGUUCCGAAAGACGUGAAACGUCCCACACCCAAAAAGGAAAAAAUGUUACACGGGGAAGAGAGGAGUUUCUCCACACUAUCCGGUACGACUGCGGCACCGAGUCACAAAAGCGGUAAGCUUUGCCUCACAGCUGCACCACUCAAUGGGGAACAUAUAGCUACGGGUCCCGAAAAGGAAAAUUAUGAAGAUGUGAAGUUUACCCAUGCCGGCGAGAUUCAAGAGUUGUUACGGAAAAAUGGGGAACUGCAGAAGGAAAUUGAAGCACAAGAUGUUGCCCUUCGGGAUUUGACGCAAAAAACAGAAAGUCUUGCCCGCCAUCUUGUCAAUUCCAUGCGAGAGCGCAACAAACUUCAUUCAAGUGUGGAACGACUAGAAGAAUCACUUGCACGCGCAAAUUCCGAGCUUGGAAGGUUUCAAAGGGCGGUUGAGGAGCAGAAUAAAGUGUCUUGUGGUGUAGAUGUAUGGCGUGCGACUGCGCAUGCCAAGGAGCGUGAGUUGCGUAUUUGCGAGGAAGAACUCAGUCUUCUGCGUGGUAUUGUUGAGCAACGUGUCAUGCGCUCUGGAAACGUGGUGAUGCAACAGGCAGGUAGCACGGCUCUUGCUCAGGUGAAGAGCGAUUUAGAGGAUCUAAUUAUUGAACUUGCCUCCGCACAUGUUCUUAGGCGUGAGGCUGAAAUACAUGCGGAACGCGUCUCAGAAGAGCUCGAGGCUGCGCAGUCACACAUACAACUGAUUGAUAACCGUUUGGCCGAGGCGGAGAAGACUGUGGCAUUCCAGAGAUUGCAGGAGAUGCGGGAACGUCUUCUGUCUGGCAAUGAUAUGUCACUGCCUUUGCCUUCAUUGCCGACAUUGCCAUCUUUUUCGAUGCUAUUGGAAGGUAAUGUUGCAGCGUGGCCGAUAGACGCCCGACGUGAAAUUGCACGUCUAGCGAACUAUGCGGAGAGUCUUGUGGCACAGCAUGCUGAAAGCGAUCGUUAUGCCGAGUUACGACUGUCGGAAAUACGACGAGAAAAUGAAGAGCUUCGUGAGCGGUGUCGGGCAUAUGAAUCCGGAGUGAAGAAAUUGGAAGACGAAACCGAGACAAUUCGGCGGGAAAGGAUGAUGUGGAAGUUGAGCGAACAGCGCUGGCAACAAAUGCUUUUAGAUGUGCAGGAGGAUGCAGCGCUUGUCACGGAUUUGUUGCAGAACAGAGUAAAGGGUGCGGAGAAGGUUCUGGACUUUCUGACGGUGCCUCAUGUGGAACAUGAAGUGAAGACAGAGAUGGAGGCGUUUUUGAAGAACGCGAUGCGUGACUGGGAUACGGCUAUACGUUUUACCACGGCGCUACAACGCAUGGAAAUUGGUAGCUCAGAGCUGCAGAAACAAGAAUGGACGGAGAAAUUCCCACUGUCGACCGCCACCAGAACAAGAAGAGAAUUUGUCUUGCAGGCAAUCGAGACGGCGAUGGCGCAGAAGGCGUCAUCGAGUUGUGUUUCACCACAACCUAAGCCACCAAAAGAGGGUCAGCGCCUUCUUGCACCUGACCCGGCCUCUUUGCCCCCGUCACUUUUUCUAUCUCGUACGACCAACACGCAGAAAGUAACAACGGUGGUUGAUGAUGAAAAGUGGAAAGAAAAAGUGGAGAGUGUUAGCUGGCCAUUGCAUGCCCCUGAGGUAAAGCCGCGGGCUCUUUCGCCUCCACGCCCAUCAUUCACUGAAGGAGAGUCUGUCGUCACUCGCGAUGAAGAGUACCAGACUGAACGGCAUCGUCGGGAAGGCGUACCAAUGAAGAGAGUGGAGCCACUUCAACCUCCUGCUGUGAGUCCACGCGAGUCUCUGACACAACCUUUGAAGGAUCGAGAAAUCCCCCUUUUUCCCCACCACUAUGAUCCCGGGAAAAUUAGAGAGGUAUCUCCAACCAGAGAGAUUCGUCAUCCUCAGUCACGUGAAGGAAAAAAGCGUUUCCCAUUUGCGCCCAAAAGGGAGGAAUUGAGCUUUAAAAACCUGCCAGAGGAUGAAGGAACUCAGCGUGACUCAGCCAUUGUGGUGACGCCCGCCGAGCCCUCUCACGGCAACAAGGGAAUUGAGGUUUUUGUAUCAGGGGCCAUCUUCAAAGAAGAGGGCAUAGAAGAUUCAACGACAAAUGAAGAGGCUGUUGUGCCUCCAGUUCAUUCCUUAUCAACCUGUGCAACCGAAACGUGGACGAAUUGUAGUCAGGAGGUCGAACAUAUGGCCGAGCCACCUGGCCGUGAGGGUAAUGCAGGCCUACGCAGUGUCACCCCAACGACGCCGGUCGUUCCUGCCGUCACCAGUACUAACACUUUUGUUAUAGCCGCAGUCGAGACAGUUGAGGGUUGUGUUUUAAGUGGUGAGGAACUACGUCUGCAGGCAGCGUUGGGGCAGCGCUUGCAAAGAGAUGAUGCUCGUGAAAAGUCAGGGCAAGCUCCAAACUCCGCGGACGUAAGUGGUAACAGGGAUUUUCCGACAAUUUUGGUUUCUGAUUCCAUGCUUGAGAGCAAGAAGAAUAAGAAAAAAUUAAACAAAUUAAGCAGGGAAGAUUGGAAUGACGAUGUAGAUGAUGCCAACAACGAACCACGGUUACAUUUGGCGGCACCUAUUCGAAGGAGCGAUCAGACGGAAAAGGUUUUCCAGGAUGAGAAUUCAAGCUCUUAUUCACCCACGGAGAAGUCUAAAGAGGUACCAUUGAUGAAUGAGCCGAACAGAGCGGAUGACAAGGAGAAAGAAAUGAGCCCUAUUCGUUUCUUAAAUAGUAAGACUAAGCCGAUGGCAAUGCCAGAUGUUCGAGAGAGCAUUAGGGGAAGUGCCGGGCACGUACCAGCUCUCUCGCGUUCAUUGCUUGACACGCAACGGAGUCGUCUUGCUGCUUCACUACAGGAGCCACGGCAAGUUACUUGCAAGACGCCUGUCGCCCAAAAACUCUCGGAGGAGGCGGAAACGGUAGUACAGAAUUCUGUCACAGAGGAAUCGGUGGCAGUUCUACAAGAGACAGAAAAAGAAACCGCACCGGUAGUGGGAGAAUCCUCCGAUCCGGGUGGACGACGCCGGCCAUCGGCAGUGAUGGACUUCCCAUCACUUCGUCACUCGGCCCUUGGUCCCGGUGGGCGAAGGCAACUAGACGUACAGAAGAUAUAG